CCUCUGGGGCAAGGCCGCGCAACACCGUUGUCAUGGCAGCAGUGUGGGAACCCGACUGUGGGUUUUGGAGCAUCCCUCGAGCAGCAGGCGCGCCGCCGGCGGUUCCUUGGGCCGGUCAGACACUGAACCCGGGGCGGCGACGCCGGAGGCAGGAAGGGAAACUGAAGUCCAGACAGGGGGUCCCAGCUGAUUUCCCUCAUUCCAGAGCUGAGAGGGAGAGGAGACUGGACAGGAAGAACAGGAUCUCAGCAGAGCACCCUCCACCCUGUCUCUAAGGAAUCCCUGUGGUCACUCACUGUCACCUUCAUCCAUUCCAGGGACUAGAGGGCUGUUUGAGGUCAGACCUGCACUGGGGACAGGAAGCCAGGAGCUGUGAGAAUGGCACACCUGCUGGGCAGCCAGGCCUGCAUGGACAGCCUGCGCAAGGACCUCACCGACCUGCAGGGCGCCAUCGUGGAUGUAUUUUCUCGAGCUGGGCCAGUGCACUUCCCCUCCUGGAAGUUUCCUGACCAGGUAGCCUGUGACCUCGACAUGGUGGCCCUGCUAGAGCACUAUGACCAUGUGCCGGGUGACCCUGAGUUCACACAGCUGUCCCAUGCUGUGCUGCUGGAGCUGGUCAUUGACAGAUUCCUGCUGCUUCUUCAGAGCUGUGGCAGCUACCUGGAGAACCUUGGCUCAGAGCAAAUGAUGCCCACUUACCAGGCAUCAGGGCCCUGCAUGUCUGUGGGGCUCACAGUGCGGCGCUUCUGGAACAGCCUGCUGAGGCUAGGGAUGCUCUAUCAGCAGACAGCCUCCCAGAAAAGGGCAAGCCAAGGGGAGAACCCCCCCUCCAAGUCCACAGCCAAGGGCAAGUCAGCCAGGAGCCCUGAAUGUGUUACUGCCAAGUUUAUCAAGCCUCCCUCUCCAACAUCAGGAUCAUCACACCAGACGUGCCAAGGGCCGCAGAGCAUUCCUGUCUCUCUGAGGUGCCCAGCCAGGACCUCUGAGAACACCAAGAGCAUCCACUCCCAGACCACUGAAACAGCCCUGGUGCCCUGUGAUGCAUGCACCAGUGUCCAGGGCAGCCUGAGGGAAGUGGGCAAGGUGGUCAUCAGCCUUUGUCAGAACCAGAACUUGCCCUCAUCUUUGGGCCAGUUCCAGCAGCUGGUGCAGGACAGCAUGGGGAUCAGGCCCCUGCCGGCUACCACCAUGGGCCACUGGGCAGAAGAACAGAGCAAAGACCUGACUCGCCUCAGUAAGCACAUGGGGGCCCUCACUCAGCUUGUUGGGCCUCUCAGGGCCCAGCUGGAGGAGAGCGAGGGGCAGAAGGAUGGCCUGAGGAAGCAGGUGGCCAAGCUGGAGCAGGACUUGCAGCAGGAGCAGGGUGAGCGGCAACAGCAGGAAGAAGAGUCCAAGCGGCACCUGACCAAGUGGGAGUGUGACAGGCAGCAACUACUUGCAGAAAUAUGUGACCUAAAGACGCAGGUGGCUAACCUCAAGGGAGAGCUGAAGCAGCAGCAGGACUCCAUGCUGGCCGUAGAGGCAAAGGCCCAGCAGCUGCAGGAGGAAGUUGAACACAGGAUGGCAGCCGAGAGGCAGGUGCAGCAGCUGGAGGAGCAGGUGCAGCUGCUGGCAGGACGGCUGGAUGGAGCUGGCCAGCAGAUCCGCUGGGCCAGCACAGAACUGGAUAAGGAGAAGGCCCGUGUGGACAGUAUGGUCCGCCACCAGGAGUCCCUGCAGGCCAAACAGCGGGCCCUGCUACAGCAGCUGGACAGCCUAGACCAGGAACGUGAGGAGCUGCGGGGCGGUCUGGAUGAGGCUGAGGCCCAGCGGGCCCAGAUGGAGGAGCAACUGCAGAGCCUGCGGAGUGAGAAGGAGCAGGGACAGUGCCAGCUCCAGGCCCAUCAGGAGCUGCUGCAGGGCCUGCAGCGGGAGAAGCAGGACCUGGAACAGGAGACAACAGACCUGCGGCUGACUGUAUUGGACCUGCAACGGGAGAUGGCAGAGCUGAAGGAGCAGGAGCGGCUGCUGGUGGCCUUCCCUGACCUGCACAGGCCCGUGGAGGCCCAGAUCCAAAGCUCUGGCAAUGUCACAGAAGACAUGAAGAGGCAAAUACAGGCCAAUGACAUCCGUAUCCACAUCCUGCAGGAGGAGAAUGGGCGGCUCCAGUCAAUGCUAUCCAAAAUCCAUGAGGUGGCCCAGCAGGGGGGCCUCAAGCUAAUCCCGCAGGACCAACUGUGGUUCCCUCCAGGCAAGACAGCAGAACCUGUUGCCCAGGCCCAGAGGACAUCCCCAAGGCCCCUGAGCAGGCGGUACCUUCCUAGCAGCAGGAUGGGCAGCACAGGCAGGACCCCGCCAGGCCAUCCCCAAAGAUCCCCUCCUCGGCAACCCACCAACUGGCCCAGCAAGUCUUCCCUUGAGGAUGUGACCCACUCUGCCAUCUGCGCUCAGAACCCCAUCCGGGCCUUGGUCAGGCUGAGGAGGAGACUUUCACCAAACCAGGGCCGGGCAAGCUCUGCACAACAGCCCCAGGAGCGGCCUACAUAACUUGCAGCAGGGAAGGGGCUGCAGGGAAGGUGGCUGGCAACUCCCCAAUGGAAUAAAGUCCCAGCCAUCUGCCCACAGCAUUCUUGGCCUCACAGCAUGGCUGAACUGGAGGGACAGUCCUUCCUUCCCUUUGCAGGACAUUGGUCAGGAGAGACCUGGCUAGCAGAGCCCUGGCACUGUGUGCCCUCGGUAAGGGGGAGCUUUCUGCCUCUCUCUGGAUAGGCUGUGGGAGAAGAGAGCACAUCAAGGGCAGAAAGAAACUUCUAGCACCUGGGCCAGGUGAAAAGCAGUCCUUCCACUAUCACAGCAAGGGUCAAGGGGCAAACUUGGAUAUAGUGACUGGUAUCCACUGAGCCACCUAUGUCAAGGUGAUGGUGUAUGGGGGAGGGCCAGAAAGGACAUUGAAACAAGCAAGGAAUCCAAGGCCAGGAUCUUGGUUCUGGACUCACUGAAGCAGGCAGAGGACAGUGAUGCCUUCAGCCUCCCAUCCUGCCUUUAAAUCUGGGCCUGGCAGCAUUAAGGACUGAAGAACACCAGGAAUCCUUUCACUGAGGAACUCCCUGCCUUUAGGAACUCAUGAGAGUGACAAAGGAGUUGUCUACAUCCUAAAGGUCAGAGCCCCAGAGGCCACCAAAGGCAGGGCCAGGCCUCUGGACACUUUAGCCAGCCCUGACUUUACUAGGCCUAGAUCUUGGGGGCUGUUCAACCUAGGGUGCCAUGUGGCUGAGCACUGAUGUCACCAAACACCAUAGGCACACAAUGGUCAUUGUCCUCAAGAAGCCACUGGCUCAUAACGAGUCCUCCCUUGUCUGUGAAGGAUAGGCUCAGAGACCUCACUGAGAACAUUUUUUUUUCUCUAGUACCCAGGGAUUGAAUCCAUGGCCUCAGGCACAAUAAGCACUCUACCUAUCACUGAGCUACCCCAGUCCCCUUGCUAAGGACUUAGGCUGUGCUCUCAGCCUUCUAUGGCAUUUUUCCUGGUGAGGAUGGUGAGGCCAUCAGGUGGAACACUGAAGUUUACAGAGAAGAAUCAAGAGCAGGGUCACAUAUGUUGCAGGGCCAGCACUGUUAGGUCUGCCUAACUCUUGCUUCUGAGAAGUUCCAGGGUUCUUGAAGAGGCUGGGAUGCCCUGGGCCACCUCUAAGGGGAGAGCCAGCCAUUGAGGGUGGCUCAUUGAGCAGAUGGUCUGGCCAAGUCCAGGGGGAAGCCCUGUCACAGCUGAAAUCAAGGUAUUAAACCCAGCACGUUUCUUUCUGUCA